AUGCUUCCCCAGCAGAAUCAGAGACCAGUUCAUGCGCGUAAAUUGACAAUAAAUUUCAUGUCGGCAAUGUUGCCAGUUGUGCUAGUCGCUCACAAGGAAGAUAUGAUUUUCAAGUGGGCCGACCUGUCUGUCCCAGCAAAGUGUCUCUCGUCCACACAAUGCUCCGCAUUCACCCCAGCCAUUCUCUCCUCUGCUCCAGUCUGGGGCGGUUUAAUUGCCAUUGGCAAGGUACCACAAGCCCGGCCACGGCGGGAUUGGCGUCGGAUCGAGUGUUCUGGCUGGUGUGAACAAGCCCUGGGUACCAGAGAAAAGAGCAGACGUUGCUAA